AUGACCGCGCGUGGCCGUCUCGAACGCAUCGAUGAAGACCAAGAGUCUCCCUUCCAACGCCGGACCACCAUAGCCUUCUUCGCUGAAGGUGUAGUUCUCUAUGUGUUCAACUACACACCUCGCUCAAACGCAGAAACCCUGUCUUUGAGCUUGCUUGCCACAGCUUGUGCUGGUAUCCUGUUCAUGGAAUACCGACUAAUGGUACCAAGCUUGAUCGCAUCGAUCUUGGCGAUGCUCCUCGUCGGUGCAGCAAGUGCACUGAAAAAGCUUGCUGCUAGACACUAUCCAGGAGAAUAUGCUACUCGAAGCAUGAACGCUAUGUUGCUCGUAGUUAUGGGCGGUCUGCUAGCAUUGUUCUGUCUUGUCAGCAACUUUCCGGGCGAGCACUGGGACUCAUUCGACACAAGCAGCCUGCCUCUCCGCGGUCUCAAUGCCUUCUCAACAGCAGCGGCAUUGUUGAGUGGGGGCUCGAUACUUUUCCCAAUGGAUAUGCAGUCAGGAGGCCAACUACCCGGAAGCAGCUUUGCCGCGACACAACGCGUCCGCAGCGCCACGACAAUUCUAGCCAUGGCAGCCAUCACAGGUUCUUUUACUGUUCUGUCAACGCGCCGAUCCUACACCAGCUUCUACCAACUAUCAUGCUUUUUCCUCGCCAUCAUGUGCGCCUGCGGCAAAGAUAUCUACGACACGGUUUGGAAACCGUCCAACCGUCAGGACAGCUCGCGCGGAAGCUACGAUCUUGUCUCACGCUCUCUCAAUGCACCGAUCGACGACGAAGAGGAUUUUGGUACCAAAGCGCAACGAGCAUCACGGCCAAGAUCGCAGGGCAACAGCGCUCGCUCCUCUUUGGUCAGCUUGGCCUUGAUCGUGCUGUGGACAGCAUUCGUGAGCUUGAACUUUGGACAACGACAAUACCCUCGAGAGGAGCCCCGCCUGGAUCUACAAUACGAACCCAUUGGACCCUUGGAAGUUGUGAUCAGCAUGUACAAAGAGCGCACUGAAGAUGUUGCUGCUCUUAUAAAGAAGCUGGAGAGCAUGCCACAAAUGACCGAGGCUCUUGUUACGAUUUACUUGAAGGACGGAGAAGCAGACGAAAGAAAGAUCAAAGCGGAAACGAACGCGCACGAAGUCAUCAAGCUACCAAACAUAGGACGCGAAGCCGAAACCUACCUGAACCACAUCGUCAACCGCUGGGACAGCCUUGCCGAACGAACGAUUUUCCUCCAAGCCGACGUUCACAACCCACGAGAAUUCUACCCAUUCUUCGAGCGAUAUUUCCGGGCGAACCAGACAGGCUUCCUUAACCUGGGUUGGGCGGGGAUAUUAUGCAAUGGCGACGACUGCGGGGACAAGCGCGGCUGGCGUGAUGAGACAUCGCUGUUCGCGGACGUACAAUCCCGAAUUGACGGAUCCACUCGUGAGAACGUGCUGCUCAGCUACAAAGGCCAGUUCGUUGUUACUGCUGCGCGCAUUCGCGGAAUCGACAAGUCCAUCUAUGACGAUUUGUGGCAGCUCUUUGUCGACGAACACAGCUGGGCACACCAAGAGCCCUACCUUCAAGAACGACCCGAUUCGAUGAGCCAACCCUGGUUCGGAUACACAAUGGAGAGGAUAUGGAAUGUACUGUUUCAGUGCUCAGACAUGGAUGUUGCAUGGCGAUGCCCGACUCUGUUGAGCGGGUGGAGACCUGGUGGUAGCAUUGCCGACUGCCAGUGCUUUGAUUCAGAAUCGGCUGAGUAG